ACUGUGGAGAGCACAGGUGCGCAUUCAGACACAUGACUCAGGAACUCCAGGUGCAAACGCAAACCUGGAGUUUUGAUGUUCUGAUGCUGGGAGGAAAGGGGGGAACAUCUGAGGUCAGAGGUCACCAUGGCUCUGGAAGUGUACGAGACAAUAUUCACAGCCAAACAGCAGCAGCAGAAGAGCCUGUUCCUGAACUACAGGAACCUGAGCAUGUUCCCGUCCGACCUGCUGGGGGACGAAGGCCUGCACUUCCUGGAGAGGAUCUACAUGAAGUGGAACACGCUCACCACCCUGCCAGAAAACCUCAGCCAGAAGCUGCCUAACCUCGUAGAGCUGUACCUGCGUUCCAACAGCAUGGUCGUGGUUCCUGAAGCCAUCUGCGACCUGUCCAAGCUGCAGUCCCUGGACCUGAGUGACAAUGCCCUGCAGAACAUCUGUCCCGAGAUUCGCAGACUGAGGUCCCUGCGUCACCUGAGGCUGGCCAACAACCGGCUCAAAUCCUUGCCUCCAGAGCUGGGAGACCUGAAGGAGCUGGAGACCCUGGACGUGUCCAUGAACCUGCUGAGCGCGCUGCCGGAGCGGCUGCACCGGUGCCACGCCCUGCAGUGUCUAACCGCCGACCGCAACAACCUGCGCUGCCUCCCGCGCCAGCUCUGCCAGCUGCACAGCCUCAACGAGCUCUCCAUGGCCGCCAACCGCCUGGCCACCCUGCCCCUGGAUCUAGGGCGCUCACCGCAUCUGCAGUUUGUCUUUGUCGACAACAAUGUUCACCUCAAGGGGCUCCCCUCCUACCUGUACAGCAAGGUGAUUGGCUGCAGUGGGUGCGGGCUGUCGGGGCAGGUGUCGGAGCUGAGGCUGCUCUCUGUGGCUCUCGGGGAGGUGAGCAUCCCACUGCCGCUGGAGGUGCCGGCCGUGGGCUCAGAGACAGACGCUGUGGUGCCCCUGCAGGAGCUGGCCAUGAGGGCCCUGCACCACGCCCAGACUUCCAGCUCGCUCUGCGGGGAUGUGAACUCCCGGCCGCAGAUCCCAAUACCCAGAACCCUCCUGGAGCUCUUGGGGUGCCCUGUGGGUCAUUGUCACCACUGCAGGCAGUCCAUGUUUACUGUUGUGUACCCCAAGAUCUUCCCUCUGAGAGAGACGGCGCUGGCGGGCGUGCACCUCAGGACCAGAGUCAGCUUUGUGGCAUACUGCUGCUCCAUCCAGUGUGUCCGGGCCUUUGACCUUCAGAUCUGACCACGGGAGGUGGAGGCACACUCUAACGGACCACAGACCAUACCCGCUGCGGCUGACCUCAGGGCUUGGACGAAGUGACCCUGUCAAUCUUCCUUGUCACACUGCAAGAACAAGCCAGUCUCAUCCGCAUAGAUUAAUUCUCAGAAACGCAGCCAGUC